CAUUUUUGUGUGUUUUCUUGUACUUCUAAACUUAUUCACCGCCUGCCAGUAAGGACUAAAACCUUCACCUUCCAACUGGACUGACGAUUGCAUUGACUGGAACGAAACACUUAGAUAUCCCCCUGCAGAGGGCUUUUGUUUCUGCUGCAGCGGAAGCAUUUCACCUCGGGUAGCGAUGGAGAUGGAAAAGGGACAUAUGUCUAUCAGGAGAGGAGUGAGCUGGAGUCCAGGGGGAUUGAGAAAACCUCUCCAGGCAACACAAAACACCCCUGGGACAGAGUGCAAUGCAUCAUGGGAGACGACAGGAUUCAACAAAGACCAGAUGAGCCGGAAAACAAAUCUGACCAGGAGCGCCAGUUUAUCAGAGAAAGAGCUAAAGGAGGCUCGCGUCAGGAGUCAGAUCAUCGCUGCUCAGCUCACCAUCCCUUCCAACUCCAGUUCCAGAGGCGUGCAGCUCUUCAACCGGCGCAAGCAGAGGGUCAGCGCCUUCACGCUCGAAAGCUGUGGAGAGGGGUCAGGCGACGACGGAGCUGAGAAUGUGAAAACACAGCCCUCAUCUAACAAACUUACAUGGGCAGAGAGGAGCACUGAGGACACGGAUAGAGUCUUGAACUUUAAGAAUAGCGCCAUCAAGCCUCUCUUGUCACCACCUGGGAGGGUAAAUUCAAUUGGUGAUAUCAUGGAGGAGCCAGGUAAAGAGUUCCACAAGGAAGACAUAGAGGACAGUGUUAUCCAAGAGAGACAUUUCCUCCCUGUCAAGGAAGAAGAGGAGGAGGAGGCAAGAGAUAAAAUCCACGAGGACAAUGUCAAGGAUGAGAUUCCCCCUGGAAGUAAUAAUACUGGUCUAGUUCGGAUGGGGCAUGCUGAAGGGGAGGCAGAGAUAAACGGGGGCCACACAGGGCCAGCUCCCCCUGGAAAGCUCCACAAUGGCUGCCACAGUGCUUCUGGACCUGAGCGGGCAUCUGUGUCCACGUCCAAGCAAACAAGCACCAUCAUCAAUCGGACUGCCAGGCCCUUUUUCUCGCCACUGACAGUGCAGUCUCCAGAGGCAGCUAGCCCUGUCAUGGACAUCCCCCCUCCUCCUUCUUAUGCCACUCCUCCUCUCCCUACUUUCACUGCUCCCCAACCUUUGGUGUUCUCACCCCCACCUCCGCCUCCAUCAUACCCCACACCUCCUCUACCAGCCUUUACAAACCAACCUCCGCAGACCUACUACUCCAGUCCACCUCCGAUGUCUCCCGUCAUGUCCCCUCCACCAUCCCAGUACCCUCUGCCCUCUGUAUCUCAGUACCCACCUAUGCCUCAUUAUGGUCCCCCCACAGCUCCAAAGCCCUCCACCUUUGUUCCUCAGCCUGCUGGAGAGAGGAAGCCGAUAACACCAAUCAAAACAGGAAUACUUGAAGAGGGUGCUGCAAGAAGGGGAAGUAGGAAGUCAAUGUUCACAUUCAAAGAGAAGACAGUGGUAGCUCCAAACCCUGAGCUGCUGUCUCUGGUGCAGGGGGUGGAUGAAAGGAAGAAACAUGGACAAAAAUCUGUGCCCGAGCCAUCAUCGGAGGAAGAGUUGCUGGCUUUGGGUGCAGAGGCCUCCAACUUCCUCGCCAAGGAGGAGGAAAGUGCAGAGGAGGCAGUAGUUCCAGAGUGGGCCUCCUGUCUCAAGACCUCCAGAACUCGCCCGAGGGCAGAGCACAGGCCAGAGCAGACCCUCACCAAUGUAUCUGGAAAGGGCGCAGAGCUGUUUGCCAAGCGUCAGUCCAGGAUGGAGAAAUAUGUCAUUGAGAAGCAAAAUGCGGGACAAAUGAGGUCUCCUUCUCCUACGAUGUCUCUUCCACCGUCUUGGGUGUACCCAUCAAACAUGCCUGGCAGGGUCAAGGCCAUUGCUAAAAACUCUGACAUGAGCGCUCAGCUUUCACAAAACCUAAAGACCCAACAAGCAGUCAAGCAAAAACCAAGGCAAAAAGCUCCAGCUCCACAGCCAAUUCCAGAACCACCUCCUCUGGAAAAUGGUUGCUCCAAGAUAGAGAUGGACUUGUCAAGGCACCGGCCCUAUCAGCUUUCCUCUUCCCUCUUCAUCUUAAACCCAGUCAAGGACCCUAUUAGUAGCCUACCCAAAGGAGCACCACAGGCCAAGAACCUGAUAUCUACCCAGCCGCUCUCUAGACAGACCUCCUUACCUAAUAACCCUCCUUCUCACUUCAGUGUCCAGUGUAUGUCUCCACAGCUGCCUCUCAGCCCCACCACAGCAGGAGCAGAAUAUUCACCAAUCCCGGCCUAUGGGCAGCCAAGGAUCAGCUCUCCUAUGUCGGCCCUUUCUCCAGAGCGGGUGUCCUCUCCUAGGUCAGGGGUCCACGCACCGAGGCCCACGUUUUCUGCCAAGAAGGCAGGCAUAACACCACAGACACCAAAGGAUUCCUCCCCAGUUGAAACCCCCAGUGAGACUCCAACGCGAACCUGGACGUCCAGCCUCCCUAGACGUUUCAGCAACCCAGAGGGCCCCACCACUGGGACCUGGACUCCCAGCCUCCAGACAAAUCGGCCCUCCACCACCAUCUCGAGCCGAUCUGUUACAUCUCCUGUAUCCUCCCCCAGGGGUACAAGAUGCCAAUCCCCUCUGGCCAGUCAGAAUAUCCAGUUUACCACUGUUAACUCCACAGCAGCAUCCAAACCCUCCCAAACAUCAGCCACCUCUCCUCGCUCUCCAUGGGGUUCAAGAUGUCAGUCCCCAAUGGUGAGUCAGUCUUCCACCGUCACCUCUACUGCUGGUUUCAGAUCAUCCCAAACUUCUACAACUAUUUCGCCUCUUUCUCCACCUUGGGGUUCAAGAUCAGAGUCCCCAGUGGUGAGCCAGAAUACCCAGUCCUCCAGCAUCUCCUCCACUGCUGGUUUCAGACCAGCUCAAACUUCUACGACUUCUCCUUGGGGAUCAAGAUGCCACUCCCCAAUGGUGAACCAGCAUACCCAAUCUUCCACUGUCACCUCCACAUCAACAUCCAGACCUUCGCAAAUAUCUACAGCCACGUCCCCGUGCUCUCCUCCUUGGGGAUCAAGAUGCCAGUCCCCUAUGGUGAGCCAAAACAUCCAGUCUUCCACCAUUUCCUUUGUUCCUUCUUCCAGACCAACCCAAACAUCUACAGCCGCAUCUCCUGUCUCUCCUCCCUGGGUAUCACGUUCCCAGUCUCCUGCACUCUCUCAGACCAGUUUAUCUUUCUCCACCACUAAACCUCUGUACACAUCUUCUGCCAGCUCUCCUAUUUCCCCACUCAAAGACAGUCGCUGCAUGUCCCCCAUUAUUAACAACCCAGACUCUAAAGCCAACCAUCGCCUCCUGGCCAAGAACAUCAUCAAUGCAGCCAAGCGUAAAAACAGUCCCUCCCCUGGAGCGCUGAGUGGCCACAGCCUCCCCAUCUCACCUCUGGGAAGUUCCCACCACGGCUACGACUGUCACAAACCACCCAUCAGCCCUUUCCAGUCACGGGCAUUUGGGGCCCAGUCCCCUAUCUUCACGAGCCCUCCUCCAACCCCAACGCAGAGGAUCUGCUCCCCUGUGAGGCUCUACAACACUCGCUCCCUCACCGACUCUGAUGCCUCCGUUGAGUCAGAAGACUCAGGCCUGCGAUCGCCUGGCCUGCACUCCUACAACACCUGUCCCCGCGGCUGGGGCGGGAGCCUGAGGGUGAAGAGAAGCACCGUCUCCACUGACCUGUGAGGGUGUCACUGGAAGGCAAUCAAAGCAUGAUUUCAAAGACUUUUUGGGGCAUUGGAUCAACCAGUAAAGGAGUUUCUGGUGGCAAUCAUCAGACUAAUAGAGGACACCUUUCUGUGACUUUGAAUACCAAUCCUGGACAAUGGUAAAUAUUGUAUCAAGAUAAUAUUAGUAUUUUAUAUGACUCACAUUCAUAGUAUGGGCUGACAAGAACAGGCUUUUUACAUGACACAGUUGCUGUGGCUUGUACGCUUCUUACAUACCAAAAAGACUACAGUAACCAAAGAUAUUUGAAUUCACUUCAGUUUAUUUUAUACUUUCACGCCUUAACAACAAACACACAUUCACAGCCUCUCGUCAGUUAAAUAAUGUUUAAGUACAUUCUUUUUUAAUGUUAAUAAUGAAUUAUUGUAAGUUUGCUGGUCUGAUGCAAGUCAAAAUGGGAAGAGACUGAAAACAUUUUAAAGUGACAGUUCACCCCAAUCAAUAAUUAAAUUUUCCUCUCACCUGUAGUGCUAUUUGUCAGUCUUGAUUGUUUUGGUGUGAGUUGUCGAGUGUUGGAAAUAUUGACCAUUGAGAUGUCUGACUUAUCUUGGAUAUAAUGGAACUAGAUGGCACUUGGCUUGUGUUGUUCAUAGAGUCCAAAAAAUACAUUUAAAAAACUAACAGC